AGUCAGCUGUAGGUGAACGCUGAUAGAUGACUCGCAUACAUGAGCCGAAAGUUAGUUAGUAUUUUUUAAUUUGUUUCUACUCCUACUACUUGGUGAAAAUUUACUGUAUGUAGACACGUGUAUUAUUAGGGAUUAUUUGUUUAUCAGGGUCCAGGAAUUGAGCUCUAAAUUGGACACCGCGUAAAGGUGAUUGCUGCUGAACUGCGCGUUGGUGCGUCGCAGCCCUCUACAUCCAGGUAUUUUCCAAUGAUGCUUUUCCUGCUGGAGUUAUAAAUCGUAGGAACGUGUGGAAAUGUCGUCGGAAGGAGCUGGGGAAGAGAUGGAGAAGGAGCUGAACAGCGGCCAGGUGAACAAAGCGCUCAUGGAGUUCCUGGUGUUCGUGGGGCGGUGCGCGCUGCUGCUCUACCCGGUGUUCGUGUGCGGUGCGCUCGGGCUGAGCGCCAGCUGGCUACUGCUCACGGUGCUGCUGUGGGAGCUGUGGGACAAGAACCGAAGGCGCAAGGUCCAGCGCAUGGACACCGCUAUCGACUUUGUGGACAACGAAUGUCACGUGAUAAAGAAAGAGAUGACUAAGGCGCUCAACUCGCCCACCUGGAUUCAAUUUAGUGAAGUUGAAAAGGCUGGCUGGAUCAACAAGAUUCUACUUCAAGCUUGGCCAUUCUUUGGUGUCUUCAUGGAUAAGCUCCUGAAAGAGAGCAUCCAGAAUUCGAUUAGACAAUCCAGCCCACAUCUCAAGACCUUCACCUUCACCAAGGUUCAUUUUGGCCAGAAGGCUCCAACAAUUACAGGGGUACGAGUGUACACACAAGAAGCAGACACGAGGGAAGUCAUCCUAGACUUCAAUAUUACUUACGUGGGGGAUAUUGACAUCGACGCAGAUGUAAAGCCACGCAUCUCAGCAGGAGUUAAGGAACUUCAGCUUCAGGGAAUGCUCAGAGUGAUUCUUAGCCCACUGAUUGGUCAGUCCCCACUUGUGGGUGGGGUCACAAUGUUUUUCAUCCGUCGACCUACCCUGCACUUGAAUUGGACUGGCAUGACCAAUCUCCUGGACAGUCCAGCUCUAAAACAAUUUUCCGAGUCAACCAUCAUGGACAUCAUUUCUUCUAUGAUGGUCCUACCGAAUCGUCUAUGUUUCCCAUUAAUAGACCAAGUCAAGGUGGAUGAAAUGAGAUUUCCCCUUCCUCGAGGAGUGGUACGAGUCCAUGUGCUGGAGGGUAAAGAUUUGAAGGCCAUGGACAAAGUAAUGAUGGGACUAGCAAAGGGCACGUCUGAUCCUUAUGUAGUCCUUACAGUCGGCAACCAGCGCUUUAAAACCAAGACCAUUAAAGAGACCUUGAACCCCAGAUGGAAUGAGGUGUAUGAGUUUGUGAUUCAUGAGGCUCCAGGCCAAGAGCUUGAAGUGGAGCUCUAUGAUGAGGACACGGACAAGGAUGACUUCAUGGGCAGGUUUAAGUUGGAUUUUGGUGAAGUGAGGAAUGAAAGAAUAAUUGAUAAGUGGUUCAAAUUGGAGGAGAUUGAAAAAGGAUCGGUGCACAUGAAAAUGCAAUGGCUCUCGCUGCAGACUGAUACGGAGCUACUGAAAGAGGCUACGGAUGGCUUGGCUUGUGCCAUGCUCGCCGUAUAUUUGGACAGUGCCUCUAACCUUCCUAAAGACCAUAAUGAAUUAAACCAGUUGGAGAAACACGGGAAACAACCCAAAGACGCGAGGCUCACGAGGAGGCAACAAAACCCGAACUCUUAUGUGAAGUUGUCCGUAGACCAACAAAGCCAGAAAAGCAAGAUUGUGUACGCGUCCAGGGAUCCUGUUUUUGAGCAGUACUUCACAUUCUUUGUGCACAAUGUGGAAAGCCAGGUGCUUAACGUUCAGGUUUUCUUGGCAGAGAAGAAAAACACACUGGGCAUACUCACGCUGCCUUUCAGCCGUCUGCUCAAAGCCUCAGAAAUGACCCUGGACCAGCCUUUCCAGCUGGAACGUUCCGGCUCCAACAGCCAGCUCAAGAUGAAAGCCAUCCUCAGGAUCCUGAAACUGGAGAAGCCCAAGCCAAUAGUUACAAACCCUCCAGCUGCUAAACCUCAAACAGGAAAUAAGGCCAAAGAUCCCCGGCAAUCCCUCACCGAGCUUAACUCUUUAAAGCCUGAGGAGAUAAAUCAGGCCUCCUCACUGUCUCAGAUGCAGGCGCCUGGCAGCUUGUCCAGUGGGCCCCAGCCCGAGUAUAAGGCCCGGAGAGGUUCUCUCAUGGUCUCAGAUAACCGUCUCUCAGGCGCCAAUCAAAUGAGGCGCUAUGACUCCCACAGCCUCCUUUCAGAAAACUCUCUUGCUUCUUCACGCUUGGACCUGCUCGAAGGUGUCCCAUACCCAGACGCCAUCCUGAAUCACCAGGGCAGCUUUGGCCAGAUCCAGCUAACUAUUCGUUAUGCCACGCUGAGGAACAAGCUCACUGUGACGGUCAUUAACUGCAAGAACCUGUUCCCCUGUAACACCUACGGCUCGGACACCUACGUGCGCAUUUACCUGCUUCCCGACCAAAAAUGGAAAAACCGAAUGCGUUCAAAGGUGAAGAGGAAAACUGUGGAUCCUGUCUUCGAUGAGAAGUUCGAUUUUUCGGUGACACUUGAAGAAGCCAAGUCUAGGAUGUUGGACGUUUCGGUGAAAAACAAUCGUAUGUUCCAUACCAGAGAGCGAAAAGAGAUCGGGAUGGUUUUGAUCGAUCUGGCUCAGUUGGAUCUUGUGAAAGGUUCCACAGAAUGGUACGAGCUCAGUAUCCCAGGGCUGAAGAAAGCUGCCUAGAGCAAUGAAGGUCAACCGUCUGUGUAUAAGACCCUCUGAUGUAAAGUUCAGAAGUUUCUUCAUUUCCACACCCCUGUUUACAACACCUCCCAUGAGUUUUUUUCUUACCUCUCAGGUAGCAGCAAAUAUGAGAAUCUUUUAUUAUGAAAAUUUCUAUUUUUAUUCUAACACUGAAGAACAUUUUUCAAAAGAAAAAAAAGUGCACUGUAUUUUACAUUUUAUUUUUUUAGCAGUUGUGAGUGGACUUUUCACCUAAUAAUGGAAAUCAUUCAUCCUUCCUUCCUUUAAUUUUUUCCAUGCUCGGUUGCAAUUUUUAAAUCAUACUGGAAGCACUGGUGCUGCUUUGUGAAGCUUAGCUUGCAUUCAUUUCUCUGUAACUGUAUUUCGGUGUGAAUUUUCAUGUGCGAUAUUUCCGGUCUCAUGACAUCCUAUGUGUGUGUAUGUACACUCUCGAUAUAUCUGGUCUUUUUUUAUUACAUGUUUUAAUGCUUUGUUCGUUAGUUACAUAAUGUUCAGUAGAUCUGAACUCAUCGACAUUCCAGCUCUUAACAAACCAAAGCAAGUAAUCAGUGAGUGACUCCUCAGUAACUGCUGUCUCAAGCGAAGCAAAAAGUCCAGUUCAUAUUUUCUAAUCAUAUCGCAUGAAUCGACGUGACAAAUUAAUUAACGGCAAAGUGUUGAAAUAAUUCUGUUUUAUUUUCCUCAGUAUUUUUCUGUAUAUUCGUUUAAACUGUGACUGUGUUAUAGUAAACACGGAAAUGUAAAGAGAAAGAAAUAAAUGCACAAUUUAUGAUAA